AUGCGCCGAGGUUUCUUUCUUCGUGCCCGCCCAGACUUUGUGGCGGCGCUUCUCACGCAGGGGCGGUUGGUAGAUGUCCUGCUUUUCCAGCACUUCGGCGCGGAGCCGGCCAUCACCGAUACCAAUGAUAACAAUGGCAUUGGGCCCGCAGCAACAAAAAAAGAUGGUAAUACAGAUGGCGUCAAGGUUAACGCUAGCGAUGUAGAAAAAUCCUCAGGGAAGGCGGCUGAGCUUACCACUGCAAAGUCUCCGGUUACAGCGCCAUCGCAGCGGUCGCUCCUGCGCGAGAGGUGUGACGCCGUGCGUACCGCAACAAAGCGGUCUGCACAUCCCGUGAUGUGGCCUGUUGAUGUUGGCACAGCCGCCACUGAAUGGCGCGCCCCACCAAAUUCACAGGACCACGUCCGCGUGGCCCUCGGCAGCGAUGGAUCUAAUGAACCGGGCCGCAAAGUGGUGCUGCACGGCUCGUUUAUCGCCAUUGCCGCACCUGGCUCAAUACCCAAAACCAUGCAACUCCUCGCCUCUCAGGAGUGCGGAAAGGAAGAUCAGGUGAAGGGCACGGCAAGCAACCGCGAACCGCUACUUUUGUCGCUCCCAAUGCAGCAGGCAGGCGGACAUAUCAGUGUUAGCCCUGCAACUGGCGGACUGUGCACUGUAACAUUGAGUGGUGCUGAGGCGGCAAUAGUCUCCAACUCAGCUGCCGCUGUGGACGCCUUCACGGCAGAACACAACCUUCUCGCGGCGGCCGCCAGCAGUGGGAUGAUAGACCGGCUGCUAGAGAUAUGUGCUCUGCAUGCUACCCACGCAGUGCGUCACGACGCCUUACUUAUACGCAACCCGUUCGUACAGAAGGCUUUGGCGGCCAUGGCUUGCAGCCGCUAUGGCAUAGACGCUCUGACAUCCUUUGUAGUAGGUUGCAGUGCGGAUGACCCGAGCCAACUGGCAAAGGACACAAAUCCUGUCGACAGUAAAGAGAAUGAGGUGGGCGACGCACGACAUCCACCGUUGGCAGAAUGUGUUGCUGUCAGCACGUACGCCGGCCAGGCGCUUGCAACGGCUCUCCAGCUGACACGUGAGGUAAUUAACGGCGUACUACAGCUGGACCCACAGGGCGGUGUGCCGCAUGCCUCUAAACCAGACCGACUUAUAGACUAUGCGUAUGCUGUGCGGAUGGUGCGUGACGAAUCUCAGAUACUUGCAGCUCUCUCGUUUCGUGGCAGCUUACAGCACCAGAGAUACAUCGCACCGUUACUUUUGCAUACUGAAAGUGGUCUGCAGGGCGCUGCCGGGUCGGUUAGCAAAGGCAUCGGGUCUUCGCUUUUCAUGCGCGCGAUAAGCGCGCCGUCAGACGUCCCGCGGCUCGUUUCGCCUCAUGUGUACCUCCGUCUAAGCGCCAACGAGCUGGAGGGGGAUGUUGCGACCUUUUUGAAGCUCCUUCGAGAGGGGGAGCGCCGUCGCGAUGCGGCGUUCAUACGCACUACCGCUCAGUACGUCGCCGAGGUGUUCGCGAGUGUAGCGGUUCUGUACCGCGCUACGGCAGCCCUCACACGAACAGGGAAUAAUGCCCCACGUGACUGGUUGCUCGCACAAGCCUUCUGUGGAGAGUCUGCGGUUUGCAGGGCAGCACUGCUGCGAAACUUCGAGAUGUCGAAGGCAGCACGCACAGCGUUGCUGUCAGCUGGAAACAACAGCGGCACAAUUCAUCCAGUGGAGUUGAUGAAUGCCCAACCCGUGCGGAAGAUGGCGAAGACUCCCACACACUAG